AUGCGCUUCGACGCUGCGUUCACGGCUCUGGUCUCCUCGGCCUCCCUCAUGGGCUACGCCCAUGCCGAGGAGGCGGAGGCUGCUCCUGAUGCUGCUGCUGCCAUUGAUCGGCCCACCUUCACCCCUACUGCUCUGAAGGCCCCCUUCCUGGAGCAGUUCACCGAUGACUGGGAGAAGCGCUGGCAGCCGUCCCACGCGAAGAAGGACGACCCCAAGUCGGAGGAGGACUGGGCCUACGUCGGCGAGUGGUCGGUUGAGGAACCCUCCGUCUUCAAGGGCAUUGAGGGCGACAAGGGUCUGGUUGUCAAGAACGCUGCCGCUCACCACGCCAUCUCCGCCAAGUUCCCCAAGAAGAUUGACAACAAGGGCAAGACCCUCGUUGUGCAGUAUGAGGUCAAGCCCCAGAACUCUCUGGUCUGCGGUGGUGCCUACCUGAAGCUCCUUCAGGAGAACAAGAAGCUGCACCAGGAGGAGUUCUCCAACGCCACUCCUUACGUGAUCAUGUUCGGUCCCGACAAGUGCGGUGCCACCAACAAGGUUCACUUCAUCUUCCGCCACAAAAACCCCAAGACCGGCGAGUAUGAGGAGAAGCACCUGAAGACUCCCCCCGUGGCCCGCACCAACAAGGUCACCUCCCUCUACACCCUGAUCGUCAAGCCCGAUCAGACUUUCGAGAUCCUCGUCAACGGCGAAUCCGUCAAGGAGGGCAGCCUCCUGGAGGACUUCAACCCUCCCGUCAACCCUGAGAAGGAGAUUGACGACCCAAAGGACAAGAAGCCCGCCAACUGGGUCGAUGAUGUUCAGAUCCCCGACCCUGAAGCUACCAAGCCCGAGGACUGGGACGAGGAGGCUCCCUUCGAGAUUCUGGAUGAGGAGGCUGAGAAGCCCGAGGACUGGCUUGAGGACGAGCCCACUAGCAUCCCCGACCCCGAGGCCGAGAAGCCCGAGGACUGGGAUGAUGAGGAGGAUGGUGACUGGCUCGCUCCCACUGUUCCCAACCCCAAGUGUGCCGAUGUCUCUGGUUGCGGCGAGUGGACUCGCCCCAUGAAGAAGAACCCCGAUUACAAGGGCAAGUGGUCCGCUCCUCUGAUCGAUAACCCUGCCUACAAGGGACCUUGGGCCCCGCGCAAGAUUGCCAACCCUGCCUACUUCGAGGACAAGACCCCCGCCAACCUGGAGCCCAUGGGCGCCAUUGGUUUCGAGAUCUGGACCAUGCAGAACGAUAUCCUGUUCGACAACAUCUACGUUGGUCACUCCGUUGAGGACGCCGAGGCUCUCCGCAAGGAGACCUUUGACGUCAAGUACCCCAUCGAAGAGGCCGAGGAGGAGGCUGCCAAGCCUAAGGCCGACUCUAAGCCCGCCGAGGGUCCCACUGUCUCCUUCCAGGAGGACCCUGUUACUUUCGUUCGCCAGAAGGUCGACUUCUUUGUGACCCUGGCCAAGGAGGACCCCAUCAACGCCGUCAAGACUGUGCCCGAGGUGGCCGGUGGCCUGAUCACUGUGCUCCUGACCUCCAUCCUCAUCAUUGUCGGUGCCAUUGGCUCCAGCAGCCCUGCUCCUGCGGACAAGGGCAAGAAGCCCGCCGGCACUGGCAAGGAGAAGGCCACCGAGGCGAGCAGCUCCUCUGCCGACACCGGCAAGGGCGGUGCCACCAAGCGCACCACCCGAUCCUCUGCCGAGUAA